AAAAAAAAAUUCAACUUUUUAUUUUAUAACAGCGGUAGCCGUUAACAAACAAUUUCGUUGAACUGGUAUUAAUUUAUAUUUAUUUAAACGAAGAGUAUGAAAUCUUAGCAAUACUCUCUCUCUCGUGCGCGCCUUAGGUAUUUGAGGAUGUUAAUGGCAACUCUGAUAAGCCCCGCGAUCCCUUCUUCACCUUCUCAUCGCUUUUUCUUUCCCACAACCCCUUAUGCUAAAUUCGUUAAACUUCCUGCUCUUCGUUGCGUUAGGAAGAAUGGUGAAAUCAAUGGCUUAUCUAGAACUCCUUCACCCAUGGACUCUGGAGGUCAUGACAAUGGGGAAAUGUCACCGGAACAAUCUCCCAAUGUUGAACUGGAAAUGAAAAAUAAUGGGAUAUGGCGACUAUUCAAGGAAGCUCAGCAGAAUAUUUUGUAUUUGAAUAAACAACGACUCAAGGCUGUUGAGGAGCUGAAUAAAGCAAAUAGGGAGAAACAGUUAUUGCUUGAUAAGGUAGAUGAACUGGAGAACGAAAACAGAAGAGCUGGUGGGAAAGAUAAUCUAGCUCUGUGCUGGGAAGUAUUGCUUCGGAUAGACUCCUUGGUCCUUGGUGAAAUGAUUAGCAUUGCAGAGGCAUCUGAUUUGAGAAGGAUUGUUAUUGAUAGGAAAGUUAGUGUAGCAGAUUUAUUCUCAGACAUGCUGGAGAAAAGAGAUGCUGAACUUCUUGCAGAACUCCGCCACUUCUCAGAAGGAAGCAGAAAGAAAGGUUAUCACAUCAUUCACAUAUGUACUGAAAUGGAACCCCUGGUCUCAGUUGGACCCUUGGCGCCAUACAUAACUGGCUUAUCUUGCGUGCUGCAAAGAAAGGGCCAUUUGGUGGAAGUUAUUUUGCCAAAGUAUGCCAGCCUUGAUCUAGAUGAGGUGCAGGGGUUGCGAGAAGUUGAGGCAGAGUCUUAUUCCUACUUUAAUGGCCAAUUGCAUGGAAACAAAAUCUGGACUGGGGUUGUCUAUGGCAUUGGAGUUACUUUUAUUCAACCGUUAUAUUUCUCAUCCUUUUUCAGCCGAGACAGUAUAUAUGACUACCCAGAUGACUUUGAACGAUUUACCUAUUUCUCUCGUGCUUCAUUGGAUUAUAUAGCAAAAUCUGGAAAGCAACCUGAUGUGUUACACUUACAUAAUUGGGAGACUGCUAUUGUUGGACCUCUUUUCUGGGAUAUUUUUGCUAAACAGGGGCUGGGAAAUACUAGAAUAUUAUUGUCUUGCAAUGGCUUUGAAUCACAGUGUCUUGAGGAACCUUAUAAGCUAGCAUUAUGUGGACUUGAUCCUGUUAGACUUCAUCGUCCUGACCGUUUGCAAGAUGCUGGUAAGACACAUCUUGUGAACAUUUUGAAGGGUGGGAUAGUUUAUUCUAACGAAGUUGUAAUUAUGUCAUCCAUGCACUCUAAAGGAAGGAUCAUUCGCAGUAUGAGUCAUGGAUUGGAACCUACCUUAGCCCUUCAUAAGGAAAAAUUGCUUGUUGCUCCUUAUGGCUUUGAUAACUCUAUCUGGGAUCCAUCCACGGAUAAAUUUCUUCCAGUAAAUUAUAGUACAGAGAACAUGAGGGGAAAAUAUGCAUGCAAAGUUGCAUUACAGCAUCAGGCGGGCUUAUCUGAACAUGCUUCUUCUAUUCUGGUUGGAUGCAUCAUCUCAGAAGUAUCAGAUUUUGAAUUAGAGAAAUUGAAGGCAGCUGUCUAUAAUGCUACUAAAGGGGGUGCCCAGUUUAUCUUCUUGGGGAAUGUUGCAGUGCCAACCAUAGAUAGAGCACUCAAAUCUUUUCAGGAAGAACUUGAGGAUUUAGACGUGAAAUUCUUUUACCACUACAAUGAAGCACUAUUGCAUUUGAUGUUUGCAGGAUCUGACAUAAUAUUGUGUCAGUCCUUUGACGAUCCUCUACUUCAAGUUCCACUCAAGGCUUUAAAAUAUGGAGCUGCUCCAGUUUUAGAAAACACCGGUGAUAAGAACUUUAGGUAUUCUGCAGAUCAUGACCAUGAGAUCACUAAAUUCUCGCAGUUCAUGAGAUCGACCUUCGGAAAUAUGUCCCUUAGCCAGGCCCUUGAAGAAAUUAACAAUAACCCGUCAACAUGGAAAAGAAAGAUAAUGAAUGCCAUGACGGAGGACUUCUCAUGGGAUGCAGAAUGCUACGACAUUCAUGUCUCAGCAUACACCGCAGUUAAAAGUCUGUGAAGCAGCUGUGAAUGUGAAUAUACAUAUUUAUACGUUUAUCAAGGUCACCAUGCACGAGAACUAAAGCUGAUUUAGAAGCGGAAUAAAGGAUGUUGCCAUCCAUGAAAAGUGGUAUCAUCUUAAGUCUCAGUUUUGGGAGGAAAGUAAGUGACUUGAAUAUUCAUUUGUAAAGCUUCUUUCAAGUCUUUGAGUCCCAAGUGCCAAAUCCUUUUGAGUGGUAGUUGUUGUAAUUAGCAUGUAUAUAUUUUAUAUAUUAGAAGAUUGCCUGCCUAGCCAUCAGCUGUAAGCAGUGACACUGAUAAAGUAACCAAGUAGCAGAUAGUGACACUGAUUGUGUUAGUGUUCCUCGUAUUCACAUAACUUAAGUUUUGUUGAUUACUUUAUAAUAGAUCUGUCAAUUUGUGUGUUUAUGUUGUGUAAAAUAUUGAUAAUUCAUGUAUUCGUAUUAUAUUUUAUAUAAAAAUUAUAUAUC